AACUGCAAAGCAUGAGCAAGCGGCACAUUUUCUCCUGAGCUCCCAGUUCCCUCCUUCAUAUCCCGCUCCCCACUCUGCUGAUUACCACAUAUUAAAGUUUUAGCAUAAGUUCCUGGGAUUUCAACCUUGUUUCAGUUUUUUUCUGUUUAUGAAGAUGAAUGAAAUGCCUAUGACCUGUUCUACCCUAAAUGUGAAAUCCCAGCAGACGUGCAAAGCAAAGAAAAAUGUUAAGAAUGCAUUUAAUUCAAAUGAAUUAUCAUUCAUUGAGCAGAGGGAAAAGCACCAAAAACAUAAGAAGCACAAAAACACAGCAGAAGACAUCUCUGGUGAAGAGAAUUUCUCACUUUUCCCGUGGAGACUCAUCUCUAGUUUGCUUGGUGCCAUGUGCCUUCUCCUGAUGGCUGUAGCUGUAGCGGUGACUGUUUCUACUGCAAACUUAUCUUCUGAAAGAACAAGUCCCACAGCCCAGCCAAAAAGGGGAGUGAUAGACAUUCCUUCCCUAGGACUUUAUCAUCCCUGCCCAGAAAACUGGGUCUGGUUCAGAUGCAGUUGUUAUUACUUCUCCAAGGAAAAGCUAAGCUGGAGAGAGAGUCAGCUGGCCUGCUUGUCUCUCAAUUCCAGUCUCAUAAGGAUUAGCAGAGAGGAGACGGAUUUUUUUCAUUUGAAGUCUUUCUUUUGGGUUGGAGUUUACUAUAAUAGAACUUGCAAACAGUGGCAGUGGGAAAACCAUUCGGUUCUGUCCUCUGGGAUGUUUUGUGGUUUUGAACCUGAUAUGCAAGACUUCUGUGUAUCUUAUAAAUCAAAAGAAAUUUGUUUUCUUGAAAAUUGUACAAAUAAACUGGAAUAUAUCUGCAAGAAGUACCAUAUUUAAUCCUAAGAGCUCACAAAAGAUAGGAAAAUGAAACAUUUCUUCUCAAACUUCUCUUUUGGUUGUUUAUUUUCUGAAGAAAACAUUGUAAAUGUUUGCCUCUGCUUAAAUAAAAUUAUAUUCAAAUACA